GCCGCGCGGGCGGGGCCGGCUGCUGCUUCGCUGCGGGCCCUCGGCUCUGGGAACCGGACGCCCCCACUUUCGGCUUCCGCCCCGGGGCGCUAGUCCCGGCUGAUUAGGGAGCCUUCGGUGCCUCCGCCGGGUUGUGUUCCUGUUCCGAGGGGCUGUGACAGGAGCCAUGGAUCCCGCAGCUUUGAUGGAAGCCGUUGUGGAAGAAGUGGCCUGUCCCAUCUGCAUGACCUUCCUGAAGGAGCCCGUGAGCAUCGACUGUGGCCACAGCUUCUGCCACAGCUGUCUCUCCGGCCUCUGGGAGGUGCCAGGGGAAGCCCCCAACUGGGGUUACUCCUGUCCCCUCUGCCGGGCCCCUGUCCAGCCAAGGAACCUGCGGCCUAAUUGGCAGCUGGCCAACGUCGCAGAGAAGAUCCGUCGGCUAGGGCUGCACCCCGGAAUGGGGCUGAAGGGCGACGUGUGUGAGCCCCACGGGCAGCAGCUGAGGAUGUUCUGCCAAGAGGAUGGCCUGCUCAUGUGCGAGGCCUGCAGCCAGGCCCCCGAGCACGAGGCCCACCGGGUCCUGCCCAUGGAGGAUGUCGCCUGGGAUUAUAAGUGGAAACUGCACGAGGCUCUGGAGCAUCUGAGGAAAGAGCACGAAGAGGCCUGGAAGCUGGAAGUGGGUGAGAGGAAGCGAACUGCCAACUGGAAGAUACAGGUGGAAACCCGAAAGCAGAGCAUCAUGUGGGAGUUUGAGAAAUACCGGCGGUUACUAAAGAAAAAGCAGCCACCAGGUCGGCGGCUGGAGGUCGAGGCGGCCGCAGCUCUGGCCAGCCUGGAGCAGGAGGAAGGGGAGACGGCGCGCAAACUGGAGUUGAAUCACGACGCGCUCAUCCAGCAGAGCCGGGUCCUGUGGCGGAUGAUCGCGGAGCUGGAGGACAGGUCUCAGAGGCCCGUCCGCUGGAUGCUGCAGGGCAUCCAGGACGUCUUAAACAGGAGCCAGUCCUGGAGGCUGCAGCGACCGGAACCCGUCUCGCUGGAGCUGAAGACAGACUGCCGAGUGCCGGGGCUGCGAGAGAUCCUGAAGACGUUUGCAGCGGACGUGCGCCUGGAUCCAGACACGGCUUAUUCUCGCCUCAUCGUGUCUGAGGACAGAAAAUGCGUGCGCUACGGAGACACCAAGCAGAAACUGCCCGACAAUCCCGAGCGGUUUUACCGCUACAACAUCGUGCUGGGCAGCCAGUGCAUCUCCUCGGGCCGGCACUACUGGGAGGUGGAGGUGGGAGACAGGUCCGAGUGGGGCCUGGGGGUGUGCAGGGAGAGCGUAGACCGGAAGGAGGUGGUCUACUUGUCCCCACACUACGGCUUCUGGGUGAUCAGGCUGCGGAAGGGCAGUGAGUACCGGGCGGGCACCGACGAGUACCCGCUCCUGUCGCUGCCCGUGCCGCCCCGCCGGGUGGGGGUCUUCCUGGAUUACGAGGCCCACGACAUCUCCUUCUACAACGUGACCGACAACGGCGCCCACAUUUUCACUUUCCCCCACUACCCCUUCCCUGGGCGCCUCCUGCCCUAUUUCAGUCCUUGCUACAGCAUAGGGGCCAACAACACCGCUCCCCUGACCAUCUGCUCCCUGGACGGGGAGGACUAGGAGGGCCACCGUUCUAGCCACAGGCCUCGGCGCUUCGCCUGGCCCGCAGGGAUCUUGCAGGACCUCACCCCCACAAGGACCCCUUGGAACUGAGCAGAGCCCGGAAUCUGCCUGACCCGGUGGCCUGUCACGGCUGGGCCAAGUCUCCCAUAGAGCACCCACGCGAGAAAGCUGCGGCUCAGCCAAGGGAACGUUGUUCUCCUGAGGGAAGUGUGACAAGGCUUGUGGUGAGUAUCAGAGCGGUCCCAGGACCCGGACAGCCCUUUCUGCAGCUCACGCCCGCUUCCCAUCCCCGUCAGCGCCACGGCUGAGUCAGGAGGACGGGGACAUCGAUCGGAUCUUGAGGAAACGCCAGCAAGCCAAAGAACGCUUCCCGUUGCCAGAUGACACGCUGAUACCAGCAGGAGGAUGCUUCACCUGAGGUUUGCUGCUGCUCAGAAACCCGUGUUUCACCCCAGCUCUGACCUCCCACCUAGAGAAACGUGUCACCCCCUGCCCAGACCACCUCAGGGGCCGUCCCUCCCUGAGCACAAGCUGGCAAGUCACUCCGGCAGACUCCAAGGCCACCUGUGUCCUGGUCCUGCCAGUUCCUCUAAUGUCAGGACCAGAAAACGCGUGAGCUUUGUUUCUGUCUUCCCUUCACGGACGAAGAAACUGAAAUAGCCUUAGUGCAGCAAAGCGUCUCUGCCAAAGCUGUGGAAGGAAGGUGUAAACCCUGCAAAGCGUUUCUCGCGUUCCAGUGAAACACACUUGACAAACCUCACUUCUCAGGCCUCACGCCCGCAAAUCUUUCAUUACAUUCAGGUCUGCACCGCCCCAGUGCGUGCAAGAUUUGAAGUGUCCUCAGUGGGAAAGUGGGUACAGUAAAUGCAUAGUCUCCUACCUCGCAGGAUUGUUGUGAAGAUCUCAGAUCCACCCCAUACUGUUGUUCCUUUCUCAGGGUCGAAGGCAAGCCAGGGCUUUCGCCCGUGGUGACCUUCCGAGCUCGCCUUACAGCGUCUUUGCAGCACUGCCUUAGCUUCGUAGGGCCUCUCCUGACAGUCAAGAGCCCUCUAGACAGAAAGACGCCUGUGCCCUGGCAAGAACUCCCGGCCACAGAAACACACUGUGCAUCUAGUGUGUGUGUUUGUCUUUGGGUUGGAACAGGGACUGUGACAGGGUAGGGAAUGGAAAUAAUGCAGAGAAAACUAAGCAAAUGCACUGAAAGGAAGGCUCCCCCCAGGCUCAUUGGGCUGAAGCUUCGAUCUUCGUAUGUCACCAGAGGCAUCUUAAUGGUUCUGGUAACUACAUGGUAUAGCCUUUCUCUAAAUCUGUGACAGAAGGGGGAAACAGAUGGGACGUGUGGGGAGAAAGAACUAGGCACAAAAGCCAUAUGUGAUCAUUAAAGGGAACUGAGACUCUAUAUCUGGGCAGUUGGCCCUAGAGAGUGAGUGUGGUGCGUGGCAAAAAUGAUUCGCUCUAGGUCUUAAGAGCAUGAUGUGGGGAUGAUUGUGCUGGAAACAAACUGCAAGGUCAGCAUAUGAGAACUCUUGGCUUUGCCUAUUGUGAGGAGCUGCAAUAUUGUACAUGAGGUAUUGUCACCAUGAUGCUGUGUGACACAGCCUCAGGUGUGGUUGAAAGUAGUGACUGAGUUAGGACAGGGCAGCAAAGUAGAUACUAGUUGAGGUACAGGCAGAAGCAAAAUAGUUCCCGUGAUAAAGAAUAGCAAACAUUGUCUUUCUACCUGAAUUGUAUUGUUUGUUCCUGUACAAAGGAGGCAAAACAGGCCAAAAUGGAGAAAUAAACUUACUCCACCCA